UAUCGCUGCAGUGUGACCGUUGGAACAAACGAUUCAUCGAUGUUGUACCACCACUAAACAAGCGGUCACGAAGUGCGUAUAAAACAAAACAACUCACAAACAAAACAUGCAUUAAUAAGAAAAUUAAAAACGCAAAGUUGAAGUAAAGAGCAAUAAGCGUUAGCAUCAAGUUCAAGGACACCAGGAAGUAGAAGUGAAGGGACAGACAAACAGACAGAAUGGCCAGCGGCUCACGGGCAAUAUUGCCGCAGUCAAAGGAGGCACUGCUCAAAUCGUAUAAUGCGCGCCUCAAAGACGACGUACGCAGCAUGUUGGAGAAUUUCGAAGCUGCUCGAUGCCCUCGUGGACACCUUUGCCAUUUCUGGCACUAACACCGUGCACCUUCCAGCGCUGGUGCAGCUCGUGGAGACGCAAACGCAGUGCCAAAUCAUCGGGUGCAAUCGCAUGCGGCAAGUCCUGUUUGUUGGCAAACACCAUCAGCACACUGUUGCGCAGCUCGUUCACAUGCAACACCGAGUGCAGCUCAGACAUGGCUUCGGGGAAACGUUGCGUAUCCGCCGCAUCUACCACGAAUAUAAUGCCUGCUGCAUCAUUGUAAUAGUAACGCCACAUCGAGCGCACACUCUUCUGUCCCCCAAUGUCCCAGAUGGUGAAACGCAAUCGCCGAUGCUUGAACAUCUCCACAUUAAAGCCAAUCGUUGGUAUGCUGGUCAAACUGCUGCCCAACUUCAGUUGAUACAACGUUGUCGUCUUGCCGGCUUCAUCCAGGCCGAUCAUCAGUAGACGGGCAUCCUCCAUGCCCGCGAAACGAUCAAAGACAUUGAACAAUGUCAUCGAGGCGCCCAUGUUUCAGAAGAGAGAUGGAGAAAAAACGUCUGCUCAAGUCGGUCAACUUCUACUUUUGAGUGGCGGUGGACGGCAAAUGUGGCAAACCACAAAGAAGACAAUUCUGUUUAUUUAUUCACACUCAAUGUUUGUGUUAUACUCUCUUCAUUGCUGCUGUGAUUUUGUUUUACUUAUUAAUCGCAAUUCGUGCGAAUGCAAUUUGU